GGUUUUCUGGCGAUGACGUACUUCCGGUGCUGACAUAUCCACUUGCUUCCUGUUGACCUAAUUCACAAAUACCUGUUAACAAAGCUAUAGAAAUAUGAAUCCACGGUAGAAGAUACUCUAACUACCAUCUACCAACAAAGAACAACUGAAUUCUUGCUGAAAUACUCGCAAUGCAUGUACUCCCAUAAGGCAUAAAUAUGACAAGAAAGUCGCUAUUUCGGAAUCCUAGAACACUGUUACUUGCCAUUCUUCUGGUUGCAUCUUCGGGUUACUUGUACUUUUCGCUGACUCUCUCAUGCCUGGCAUCGGAGCAAAAUAAGAUACGAGAUUUGCCUGAACUUGUAGUAAGUCAACCCUUGGAAAAGAAGAAAUCAGUAACACCAGCGCCUCUAGCAAUUCGCAAGCGAACUGCAGUCAUAAUCAUAGCUCCAAUGCGAAGUGGCUCAACGUUCGUUGGCGAACUAUUCAACCAACAUCCCAACGCCUUUUACGUCUUCGAACCAUUCUGGGCCCUUGAGAAUUAUGCAAACAAGACUUACGACAUCACUACGGAAACGAAACUCACAUUCCUGGAGGGAAUAUCGUCAUGCAAAUUCCAGGGAAUUCAGGGUGUUAUGAGGUUCUAUCUUACUACUAAAGGCAUGGGGGUUUACAAAACAUGUAAAGCGAUAGAAAGUAUGUGUGCUCGAUACAGAAACCAAACGAAGGGAAAGAUCACACUAGCACAAAGAUGUCCUGUGCCACCUUCAUCGCUACCAAGUGUUCUAAGAUCAACUUGCGAGGCAAAACAAUUCACCGCCAUCAAGACGAUACGUUUGGACGACCUGACGAUUCUACAACCUCUCACCCUUGUCGAUGACCUUGACUUCAAGGUUAUACAGCUUGUUAGAGACCCAAGGGCUGUCAUCUCCUCAAGAAUCGCGCUGGGUAGGAAAAACAUUUCCCUCCUGUCAUCUUUAAACACCAAAGUCGACAAGAAGGAAGUACGUCAACUCUGUGACCGAAUGGUAAGAAAUGCACAACCCUACAAAGACAACGCUAGCUGGCUACGCGAACGAUACGCUUUAGUUCGCUACGAGGACGUUGGACUAAAACCUCUGGAUAUGAUGCAGAAAUUUUACAAUUUCAUCGGCGUUACUCCAAAUAAAAACGUCACUGAUUGGAUCAAAACACACACCAAGACAGCCAAAAGGAAGAAAGAUAGGAACGAUCCAUUUGGAACUAUCAAAGACCCACUUCAGGCUUGUAACCAAUGGAGAACAAGACUCACAUUCGAUGAAGCCAAAGUGAUACAGUCGGAGUGUAAAGAGGCGAUGACCAUAUUUGGCUACGAAUAUGUCACUUCCGCCAAGCAGAUGAGAAACAAAUCUGUGGAUCUUUACGAUACGAGAGCGCCUAUAGUGCUCUGAUUUCCAUUGUUUAUAUUAGCUUGGUAACCAUUCUAUCGGGAGGUCCGUGGUAGCUCUACGGUGCUGGCCAUGGUUGCGUUGCCCGCCCACCCAGUUUAUUAGUACAAGCCGGUGAAUUUUCACGGGGUUGUUUUCAAUUAGUUAGCUUUAUACCCAAUGAAUAAUAACAAAAGUCCGACUCAAAAGAUAGGUUGUCAUAAAAAAGGACAUUGCUUAGUUAGUAGGGCUUGUGCCUGUAUGGAAUGGUUACCAGGCAAGCACAUGUAUUCUUGAGGCUGUAUAUUUAUUGAAAGACAUUACAACAUUAGAUCAACUUUCGAUAUUCAACCAUUUAAAAGGA